ACCCGAUAACAAUUUGUUGUGCUGUUAACUCUCAAAGCGUCGCCAAUGAACCCGGCUCAUUGAGCUGACAUAAACAAACUAUUAUUGACACUUGUUUCCGAUGGGGAAUACUGAGAAAAUAUGCCGGGUCUGCCUGGGAAACAAGGGAAGAUUGGUGAACAUUUUUACAUGGAAACGAGAAUCGGAGACAUCUGUGGGGGAGAUGCUCGCUCAAUGUACCGGAUCCAAAGUCGAGAAAGGGGAUUCCUUUCCAGAAACUAUAUGCCCAACUUGUUGGCAGGACGUGCAGGAUGCAUUUGAGACUAGAAAUGUCGUUGAAAGAAGCCACAAGUUCUACUGUCAAGUCAGAGAUGAGGGAAUCGAGGAGGCACUAUGUGAUCUGCUAGAGGAGGAGGAUUGGGAUGUAUCCGCCGAUGAAACUGAAUGGAACGAUUCGGGAAGUGAAGAUUUUGAGAUCAAAGAGGAGCCUGUCAUCAAGCUGAAAAGAAACCUCACAAAAAAAGAUGAUAUUGAUUUUGGGAUACAAAAUCUUCAUCAAUGCAGUAUGUGUCCGAGAACAUUCACAACAAAAUCGGCACUAAAAGUGCACAACCGCGUUCACAACGGGCCACGAGUUUUCAAAUGUAUAUUUUGCUCACAUGCUUUUGGAUCUGACCAAGUUCUCCAAAACCAUGUUAGGAUUCACACCGGCGAGAAGCCUUUUCAGUGCACCCAUUGCUCAAAAUCUUUCGCUCAACAAACCACGCUUACAUCCCACAUUCGUACCCAUACAGGCGAACGACCAUAUAAAUGCUCCAGGUGCGAGAAAUGUUUUACAAAAGGAACAGACCUUCGUCGACAUGCGCGCCUCCACGAUGGCAUUCGACCUUAUCAGUGUCAACACUGUUCCAAGUGCUUUGCAAGAAGAACUCAUCUGCGGGAUCACCUUCGAGUUCAUACCGAGACGGCCUCGAUGCCGAGGCCCAAAAGCGAUAAAGAAUUUAAGUGUCCGCAUUGUUCAAAGAAGUUUGGAAGAAAACCUGCAUAUAAUGAGCACCUUCGCAUCCAUACAGGGGAGCGGCCUUUCAAGUGUCCCCACUGCCCAAAAGCCUUUGCCCAGAGUAGCUCUCUCAAGGGCCAUAUUCGGACACACACGGGUGAAAAACCCUUCAAAUGUUCCAUCUGCUCUAUGUCCUUUGCAAUUUCAAAAACACUCCACAAACACAAGAAAACUCAUGAGAAACCUACUAGGGAAAAUUCACUAUUAUGCCGCCACUGCAAAACAACAUUUAAAAAUAAAUAUUUUUACAAGAAACAUAUUCUUACACAUGAAGAGUAGAGUCCAUUAAUUUGAAUAUGGAUUUUAAA